AUGGCAGGAGUUCAGCUGCACAGAGAAACCUUCUCUUGUUCCAUCUGUUUGGAUCUUCUGAAGGUUCCGGUGACUCUUACCUGGGGACACAGCUUCUGUAUGGACUGUAUUAAAGACCACUGGGACUCAGAGGAGCAGAAGAGGAUCUACAGCUGCCCUCAGUGUAGAGAGCUCUUCAUGCCGAGGUCUGAACUGAAGAAAAACACCAUGUUAGCAGAUUUAGUGGAGGAGCUGAAGAAGACUGGUCUCCACGCUGCUCCUGCUGAUCACUGCUAUGCUGGAGCUGACGAUGUGGCCUGUGAUGUCUGCACUGGCAGGAAACUGAAAGCUUUCAAGUCCUGUUUGGUUUGUUUGGCCUCUUACUGUGAGGAACAUCUCCAGCCUCAUCAUCAAUCACCUGCAUUUAAGAAACACAAGCUGGUGGAGCCGUCCAAGAACCUCCAGGAGAACAUUUGCCCUCGUCACGACGAGGUGAUGAAGAUGUUCUGCCGCACUGAUCAGCAGUGUAUCUGUUAUCUCUGCUCUGUGGACCAACAUAAAGACCACGACAUGGUCACAGCUGCAGCAGUGAGGACGGAGAAGCAGAGAGAGCUGGAUCUGAGUCGAGAAGAAGUCCAGCAGAGACUCCAGGACAGAGACAGAGACGUGAAGGUGCUUCAACAGGAGAGGAAGACUCUCAGUCUAUCUGCUGGUAAAGCCAUGAAGGACACAGACGAGGUCUUCACCGAGAUGACGCGUCUCCUGCAGAAGAGAAGCUCUGACGUGAAGCAGCAGAUCAGAUCCAAGCUGGAAACUGAGGUGAGACGAGUCACAGAUGCAGAGGAGAAGCUUCAGCAGGAGAUCACUGAGCUGAAGAAGAGAGAAGCUGAACUGAAGCAGCUCUCACUCACACACGACCACAACCAGUUUCUCCUCAACUACUUCUCACUGUCAGCACUCAGUCCAUCCACACACUCGUCCACCAUCAACGUCCGUCCUCUGAGACACUUUGAGGACGUGACAGCGGCUGUGGCAAAGUUCAGAGGUCAACUGCAGGAUGUCCUGACCGAGACGUGGGCAAACAUUUCACUGGCUGUGACUCAAGUCGAUGUUUUACUGACAGAACCAGAACCAAAGACCAGAGCUGAAUUCUUUAGAUAUUCAUAGGAAAUCAAACUGGAUCCAAACACAGUAAACACACGUCUGUUAUUAUCUGAGGGAAACAGAAAAGUGACAGUAACUUGUGAAGAUCAGUCUUAUCCUUGUCACACAGACAGAUUCACUGAUUAUUAUCAGGUCCUGAGUAAAGAGAGUCUGACUGCACGUUGUUACUGGGAGGUGGAGUGGACGGGAGGAGGUUGUGUAGCAGUGACGUACAAGAACAUCAGCAGAUCAUGUUCAGAUGAAUGUGCAUUUGGAUACGAUGAUAAAUCUUGGGCUUUAGAUUUUUACCAAAACUAUUUUCAGUUUGGUCACAACAGAAUCUGGACUCAAGUCUCACAUGGUUUGUCCUCCAGAGUGGGAGUUUACCUAGACCACAGAGCAGGUCUUCUGUCCUUCUACAGAGUCUCUGACACCAUGUCUCUGCUCCACAGAGUCCAGACCACGUUCACUCAGCCUCUCUAUGCUGGAGUUUAUCUUUAUCCUUCACCUGGAGACACAGCUGAGUUCUGUAAACUCAAAUAAACUCGAGUUAUUUCUGUUUGGUCGAUGUUUGACCGAAUCUGAUUUUUUUUUGUGUGAGGAAUAAUAUUCAGAUGAAUGAGUCUCACAGAGACACAGCGUUAGAAAUGCUGAGCGAGCAAAACCACUGUGGCUGACGCACACAUGCUAACAUGCGAUGUAUUUAUUGUUUGUUUUUUACCAUAAUUAUGCACAAAAAAUCCAAAGACCGUCAUGAGCAACAUCGCCCAGCUCCUGAUUAAAACAUGAUUUGAGAUGUGUAUAUUACAUAUAUAUAUUAUAAAUGUGACCCGCCACGAGUAAACCAGCAAAAAGUGGGCCCGGCACAAACCGAGUGUACAAUGAAAAUUGAUGUUUCUUUUUGUGUGAUUUUCGUUUGCAAGGUGAAGUUUCGAAGAAGCAACUGCAUGUUUCAAAUCACAGUAUUGUGGGUCUUAAAACCAUAAACUUUGUAUUUGAAUUAAGGUUGUACUUCACCAGUUUGCAUUUAGCUUUGUAUUAGCUUUCCCCUGGGUCGAGAAAUAGCUUCAGUGUUUUUUGUUACGUGCACACCAGUGACACUUGGGCCGAGGCUUGGAACUACAACACUAAUUCUGCACUUUUUAGAGCCACUCGUAGGGGGACGGGACCUCACUCCCUCAUCCAACGGAACUGUAUCGCUAAUGCGUUAGCAUUUAAGCUAGUGGACUUUAUCACUAACGAGGUAUCAUUUAAGAUAGCGGACUGUAUUGCUAAUGUGUUAGCAUUUAAGAUAGCACACUUUAUCGCUAAUGUGUUAGCAUUUAAGAAAGCACACUUUAUCGCUAAUGCGGUAUAAUUUAAGCUAGCACACUUUAUCGCUAAUCCAUUAGCAUUUAAGCUCGAAGCUUCAUCGUGGCAAACUUUCUCCAGAGCUUAUGAACAACAAAUGAAAGGGUUAUUUCAGAAAAGGAGCAGCACAUGAGAAUAACUGGACACCUUGAGGUGAACAUACACAUCUGAACAUCUGCUGUUAAUAUGAAUAACAAACCAACCCAGUGUACAUUACCUCUCUUGUUUUAUAUUCAUGUUUCAUUUUAUUUUUCUCUGGGAACCCUCUGAGACCUCUUCAUAGAACCCUCGGGGUCUGUAGACCUGUUAUUGAUAAACGUGAUGUCACUGAUGUCACUGACAGCUUAGACCAGGAGGGGGUUGGGUUAUGGAAAUGUGAUGAUUCUGUCUCUGUAAAUCAUUCAAACGGCCACAUCGUCUUCAAAUAUUUAUAUAUUUCAGAUUUCCAUGUGUAGAAAGUUUAGAAAUCACACUUUGGGGAUUUGUAAAUAACUCCAAAUAGAGCAUUCACCAUACACCAUUCAUUCUUGUUCACUCCCUGCCGGAGUGGGAGUGGUUUGAGGAAGAUAAGAAUAAGAUAAAACUUUAUUAGUCCUGCAGUGAGGACAUUUACAACAUGGACCUUUGUUCAGACGAUGUUUGACGUUGGCGUUUUAUCGCCAAUGUUUUUCUUCUCACUUUGUAAAGACACAAAUCUUUAAUCACAUUUAACGUUUGAAAGAAGACACGUCGUUGUUUUUCUGUAUGGAAAUGUUUCCCAUGAUAAUCCACGAGGAGGUGAUUUAAAAAAACAUGAUAAUCCACUGUUGAUGAUUUUAUUAUGUCACCAUGUUCUCAUCGUUUAAACCAGGGGUGUCAAACGUACGGCCUGCGGGCCCAGAACCGGCCCACCAGAAGGUAUAAUCCGGCCCAUGCAAUGAAUUUGGGAAAAAAUACGAUAUUUCUCAGUUCCAGAUAUCUGUGACUAAAUGUUUUGUGCCUUCAUCGUUUUGGUCCAUAAAAUGUCAGAAGACGUUAAAAAAUGUUGAUCAGUGUUUGUCAAACCUGGAAAUGAUGAUUUUGUCCACAAACCAAAGAAAAAGAAAAUCUUGUUUUAAUCAUGAAAAAAGCUUCAAAUCGAUUAUCAAAAUAGUUGACGAUUCAUUUAAUAAUCGAUUCAUGGAGUAAUUGUUUCAGCUCUAUUCAUAAAUUGUAACGCACAUGUGUCAAUGGUAAACUUAGGCAUUAUAUUACGUUUCUCCUCACGUUCAUAAUGUGUUUUUUAAAAAGAUAGAGUUCUUGUUAUUAUUGCUCUGUAUGUUUGACACCUCUGGUUUUAACAAACCACGUUAUUCUUUUCUUUUA